GAUAAUUCACUGAAUAUUUUAUUUCAUUAACAAUAAAAAUAUACAGAAGUAUAAGAUAAGGAGGCACGGGAGUUUUAAUCUGCAGGAAUUAGAGUGCCUAGAACCACUUGGUCGAGAGAGUGUUUGUGAGAACAGGUGAACAAGUUGCUGGAAAUUUUCAAGGUUAUAGGAGAAUUCUGGUGGUGCAAGGAAAAGAAAUUGAGAGGAACCCAAGAUACCCUGAAGAUAACAGUAUAAGCAUUGACCUAUAGCAAUGAGCAGCUCUGCUGCUGGAACCUCAUCAAAACCAAGAGCAACUUCCUCACAACCAUCAAAAACUUCAUCCAAGCGCAAAAGAGGAGUUUUCCAAAAAGAAUUGCAGCACAUGAUGUAUGGCUUUGGAGAUGAUCCUAAUUAAAGAUCUUACUUUCCCCCAAUUGGUCACUGGAGAGGGUUCAGAUGUCUGAACGCAUCGACGCUAGCACAUAUGACUAGUCACAACUACUGGACCAGGCCAGGGCUGCUCUAUGAUCAGGGAUGUGCCAACUCAGAAGUAUAAGAUAAGGAGGCACGGGAGUUUUAAUCUGCAGGAAUUAGAGUGCCUAGAACCACUUGGUCGAGAGAGUGUUUUUGAGAACAGGUGAACAAGUUGCUGGAAAUUUUCAAGGUUAUAGGAGAAUUCUGGUGGUGCAAAGAAAAGAAAUUGAGAGGAACCCAAGAUAUGAAAUAAAUUGGGCUUCUAUGCUGACUGGACUGGCACUGGGUUGCUGAAAUUGGGUGCUACAAGUGGAAAUUUGAACGUUGCUGCUGCAUUGGAGAAUUGGGCCACUUGAGCUGCCACUGCAUUAGGCUGAAAGUGAAUUGGGCUGCAUGGGCUGAUUUCAAUUAAUUGGAACGGCGCCGUUUUGGAGGCUGGCAGCUGCAGUUCCCUUGGGGGUCUUCGCGUGCGUAAUUCAUUUGGGGAAAGAAUUCAAUGUGCUUGCAUUUGGAGAGAAGAAACACUUAAGCUAGGGCUUGUGCGAGAGAAGCAAGGGAGAAGAAAAGCUCUCGCCACUUACCCAAAGAAGAACCUGACCGGUGGAGCUGAAGACGUGACCGGAGCGCGAUCCUCGCCAGAGAAGAAGCUGACCGAAGCUUAAGUGGAUCGGAGGGUUUAGAGCGCACAGCUUUUGGAGACCGUUGGAUCAAGGUGAAGCUCGAAGCGUCACAACAAGGAUAGAACCUACAAACUGCAUUGAAAGAUCCAAAAGUAUCUUCAAUCUCUCCUAUUCAUUAACUCCAGAUACCCUGAAGAUAACAGUAUAAGCAUUGACCUAUAGCAAUGAGCAGCUCUGCUGCUGGAACCUUAUCAAAACCAAGAGCAGCUUCCUCACAACCAUCAGAAACAUCAUCCAAGCGCAAAAGAGGAGUUUUCCAAAAAGAAUUGCAGCACAUGAUGUAUGGCUUUGGAGAUGAUCCUAAUCCGCUUCCUGAAAGUGUGGCUCUUAUGGAGGACAUUGUUGUGGAAUAUGUCACAGAACUGGUUCAUAAAGCCCAAGAUAUCGGAUCUCAAAGGGGGAAGCUAUCAGUUGAGGAUUUUCUCUAUUUGAUUCGCAAGGAUUUGCCGAAACUUAACCGCUGUACAGAACUACUGUCUAUGAAUGAAGAACUGAAACAAGCAAGAAAGGUUUUUGAAUCAGACGAAGAGAAACUGAGGAAAGUUUUUGAGGUGGACGAGGCAGUGGAAGGAUGAGUAACGGAUAUUACUGAAAAAUGCACUAAUGUUGGUUGUAAUAUGUUUAGUUUUUCUGAUGAUGUAGAUCUUAAAUUAAUGCCUCCUAACCCAUGAUCGAAUAUCUUGCACAAAUUAAAUUUAAUCUGCAUAAUAUUGACUUAAUUAUUCA